GUGACGUCAUUUCCGUAUUCCGUUCGGAAUAACCGAAGUUUUUAACCGUUGAAAGUAGAUUUAGAAAAUUUUCUAUGGAAUGUACAGAUGAAUGCGUUAAUUUCAUGACGUUAUGACAAAAUCUAAAGGAAACAAAAUGGCUCAGUCCAAUAACAACAAUAAUGACCUGAGUCUGUCUACAUCACCUGAUGGACUACCUGUGUCAGGACAAGAUAUGCUACCAUCAGGACUCAAACCUAAACUGGACCUUAUCUUCUCUGAAGUGGAGAAGAAACUACCAGAUAUAGACUUUGACUUGUCAGAUGUUGAUUCUGAUAGUGAGGAACCACUGAUAUUUCACCAACAUUUGAAAUCACUUGAGGAAGAUAAAGAUUUGGACACCAGUCAGGGUAGUGAUACUCUAGCUGAUAUUGCUUCAUUCAAUGAUAAUAAAGCUAAAGUGACAAGCGGAAGCCCUGUGACAUUCUUUGAUAAUGACAUCGCCUAUGAGUUUCAACGUACCGGUAUUAACAUAGCUCCGCCCCCUGUUUCAUCCUGGGCAGACAUUCCUCUGCCAGCAGAAAAAGACAAAAACAAAAAGGAGAAAGAGGUCUCAUCCUGGGGUGAAAUUCCUGUAAAAAAAUCAGUGUCUUGGAAUGAUAUGCCUAAAUCUGACAAUGAUAUGCCUAGAACAGAUAAUGAUAUUUCUAGAGCAGAUAACGAUAUGCCUAGACUGGAGAGUGACAUUGACAAUAGAUAUGCAACAGAAAUCCAUGGACAGUUAAGCUUGAAUAGUUUAGAUGAUAAAUUGAUUCAGAAGAAACUGCAUAGAGAGGCAACAAGAAAUAAAGAGAAAGACAUAGCCACAAAUCUGUUAUCACCUAGAGCACCAGUUUUAUCAACACAACAAUUAGACAACAUUGAUCUUGGAAAUUACGUGAACAGAGGGAAAGCGAGAGACAAGCAAAACUGCGUUUACAGAAAACGGUUCUCGAUAGCUCUGAAACCCAGUGCUUCAGUCAGUGGUAGACAGGAUCCUGCUGAAAAUACUCCUACUGUAUUUGAGCUGGAAGCAUCGUAUGAACCAGCUCCCCGUAAACUGCCCCCAGUUCUCUCACAAGAGACAGAUACUGUUCUACUAACCAUUCACCUGAGCUCAAAUGGAGAGAUUGUUCUUCACAGGGGUAGUGGAAAUAAAAGUGUUGAUACAGGCAGUGGUUUAUCAGCAAGCUACACAGCAUUACUAACCUGGCUCCUAGCUCUUGUUCCCAGUAGCUUCAACUACCUCCAGGAAGGUGGUGUAGCUGAGUCAUCUACACCAUGGAUACUGCCAUUCUAUGUGAUUGGUCUACAACAGGUGCUUCUUGAUGGUCAGUUGUGCCUAAUUGUGGCUGUCACUCCUGUAGAGCAAUUUGAUGCUAAAUUUAUACCAGGAAAAUCCAAGAAAAAUAAGAAAUCUGAGAACAAGAAUGCUACAGUAUUCCAGCAGCAUCUACAGAAAUAUUUCUCAACCAACACUCUACACAGUGUGUGUCCAUGGCUACAGAACAUGGUUUCCAUGGAGUUAGGACCGCCAGGAGAUCAAGAUUCUCCUGAUCAUGAAAAUAGUUAUGUGUACAAGCCACCAUUACCAAACAUAACCACUAAACCACUGUCAACAUUUAUACAUGUGAACCCAGACCCUCAAGCAGCUGUCAAGGUAUUUAAUUCAUCUGUCGGUUUCUUCUGGCAAACUGUCGACAGUGAUGAGGCCAGUCUUGAUCAAGACCUUCAUGACGAAGGGAUUAACUUUGACACACAGAACACUAUAUCUCUUAUAUAUAAGAAAAUUUAUCAGGAACCCUCGGCUAUGAUGGGUAUCUUAAACAGAGUGUUACAGUUAGGUUUAGAUUUGUCUGGUAUUAGACUAGUGUAUCCGUCCCCGGAACAAAUGAACAUUCAACAGAGUGAUAACGCGUCGGUUUUAUCAGAACUUGAUUUAUUAAACAAUGUUGGUGCAGUAUUGGCAUUGUGUAUACGAGGCACAGCCGCUAGGUCCCUAUGGUUAGAUGCUGUUGGUCCCUCAGACCCAGCACUGGCACGACGUACAGACCCUAAUAGUCUGUGUGCUUUAUACGGGGGCGAAUCUCGAGACGAGUGUUUGUUGUUCUGUCCAAGGACCGCAGCUCGUGUUCAUACCGAACUUGCUCGCUGGUUUGGUGGCAGAGUACCACCGGGUAAUGUAAUCGAUGUAGGAACUCCAUACACUAAAAAAGACACUCUGAGAAGUGGAAGCCCAAAAGGAAGAAGGGGCAAGAAAGUGUCCUUUGCUGAUAAAGACUCGAGUGAGAAAAACAAGGAUUCUAUCGAUGAAGUUCAUAGACCAUUAGCAACACUGACUGCAACAACAAAAAGUGAAAUACUGUUAGUAAUGUCACCAUUAGUGCCUCCAAAAUGUUUUGGAAUUGUUUUAGCAUCGUGCCAGAGACGUGGUUAUCAAGUUACAGGGGUUAGAAGGACUAGGUUGUCAAACAAAAGGGCAGCGGCAAUGGGAAUAACUGGAGAUGGUUUAAAAGCCUUUUGUCCCGGAUCUGCAGCAGAAUCUUAUGAUGCCUCACUAGCAGGUCAUGUUGACCCUCAAGGUCACGGUCAGUGGCGCGAGUCUACAUUCCCGUCAACCAUUCUACAGUUACUGAAGGAGAAUGCUAGUCACAGUGCGGCCAGUCUUGUUGAGGACUGUAUGGUGCAACUAACACUACAAGGCAUUAUGGGGACAUUACAAAAACGAGAAGGUUACCCACUAGAGUCUGUUCAUAUGUUCCAUGCUGCCAGAUAUUCUGAUGGUUUACUAUCUACACUUGGUGGAGAAUUCAGCAAGUGUUUUGAUCCAGAGGUGCAAAUUAACCCAAGUUAUGUAAUACCAAAACUGUAUACCAACCCAGAGCUUGAACAAAUCACAGUCCUUAUGCUGUUAGGGCAUGAUAUUCUGAAAACUUCAGGGUUAUACAUUGGUAAACUGUUGGGAAUGUUACCAUAUAGCCGUCAUCAGCAACCAUUGCCGUUUAAUGAUGGUCUAGAAUUAUUAGGUAUGAAGUGGGUGCCAAGGCUUACUGUCUCCCAGGCAAAGGAAGUUACACCAUGUGAAGUAGGAGACAGACUAUGGAAGGAUAGUUUACAUACACUUGCUACAGAACCAUGUUUGGUACUGGCACUGCGAGGUGUAAAUGCAUUUGCCAAGCUUGAGAGUGUGGUACAGCCACGUCCAAGCCCCACAUCAGGCCAGCAGUUUAACCUAGACAUGAUCCAUGCCAGGACGGCAGAGGAAGCUUACACUUACACCAGGCUGUUCUUUACGGAGAGGGAACUGUUCUCAGAUCCACUGGCUAGACCUAUGUUACCAUAUAUCCCAAUGUAUCACUCUAAACAUGAAUCACACCAUUUUGCUGGGUCAAGGCAUGUGAAAGAAUCCAGUACAUACCCUAUAGAGGAAUCUGUCUUUGAACAGAUGCUAUCAGGACCACGUCCCUAUUCCACAUUCCUUGUUAUCAAACCUCGAGCUUUCCAGAGACAUUUGUCUAAGAUAUUUAAGAAGCUUGCUCAAGAAAACUUCAAGAUUGUCGCCCUUAAAAUUCAGAUCCUGACCACAGAUCAAGCACAGAGACUUUUACCAAGGGAUAUACAGAAUGAAGAGAUAGACAAACAUGUGAAUCACCUGACAUCAGGACCCAGUAUGUGUCUGUGUGUACAGAGAGAGAAUGCUGUAAAGAGAUUACUCGACCUACUAGGACCCGAGGAUCCUCAGAGUGCUAGAAGACAGAGCCAGUUUUACUGGAGAGGAGUGUUUGGUGGUGUUGAUAGUGUUACUAAUGGCAUAUAUGCAUCUGGCACAUAUAAAGAGGCAGUGGAAGAUGGGAAGUUGUUUUUCCCCGAUGGUUUGUGUUGUGAGGAGUCAGAUAUAACACUGCAGGAAAUGAUAUCAUGUCCAGCUGUAGAUCAGGAGAUAGCUAUUAGAUUUACUACACAAAGAGAUGUUGUAGUCAGUAAUUCUAAAGAUAUAGUAAAUACAGAUGCUUCACACAAGUUGUUACUACAGACAACAUGUAUUAUCCUGACACCUUUGUUAAUGAGGCAGCUAGGAUCUCACCAUGGUUACGUGGACGUUAUUGACGGUCUUAUUGCUCAAGGGUUUGAAUUUGUUGGAGGAAAACUUGUUUGGUUCACCCAGGAACAGGCAGAACAUUUCCUGUGCACAAUUGAAGCUGGCAGUUUUCAGCAGGUGCCUAUGCUGGUAACAGGGCCAAGUUUAGUCCUGGCUUUACAAAGAGAUAAUGCUGUUCUAGCAUUUGAUACAAUACUCAGGGAAACAUACAGUACAGAGAGCAGUCAGGGUAAAUCAGUGACAGACUCAGUACUGCACAAGUAUGGUAGACUUAUUCUCAGACCAUCUGAUCUUAAACAGGCAGAAAAUGUUCUUGGAUUCUUCUUCAACAGUUUGUUACCAAACAGUCUGCUUCAAAUUGUUCCAAAGUGAAUGCUUCAGUCAUGAUUAUCCAUUUUGUGGAAUGAAAAAUCAGUGUUGCUAAAACAAAUCAGUUUUGUGAAAACAUAUUCUUAAAAAGGGGAUCGAAGUAGCAAAGGAAGAAGUUCUGAAAUGUUGUUGUUAGACUGUUUUAAUGACAGAAUUUUCCUUUGUUUGUUGCUGAAUUGAAAUGUUUUGAUUUUUAAAUGACUGUGUAAAUGAGUGUGAAGAAAAGGGUAUUGUUUGUACUGGUUAUCUCUAUAUUUGAUAGUAACUGAAGAGCAUUUUGGCACAAACUGUUACAUAUUUUCUGAAUUUAUUGGUUUGAUUUUCAUGUAAUGUUUUGGACAUGAAACAGUUUUGGAUUCUAGGCUUAGUCUUAAUCUUUCAGACAACAAUCAUUUUUAAAAGAUCAUAGAGAUACUGGCAAUAAAUGUAUUUAUUUUGAGUGAAUAUAAUUUGCAAUUUGGUCCUCCAUGAUGGCUAGGUGAUUUAGAUUUGUGACUCUAAAGUCACUUUCCACUCACAGAUAUGGGUUUCAAAAUUUGACAGGGACUGACUUCUUUCAUGUAAUGAGCCUAUCCACCUGGCUUAAGGAAGGUCCAUGAAUUAUGGAAUGGCACCUAAGGUAUGUCUCCUAGAGUAAAGCAGGAAGGACACCAUCAUAUGACCUUGACACUGUCAAAAGGACUGAAAACUGAACAAACAAACAAAAAAGAAAUGUAUAAAGUACAUAUUUUUACUAGCACAGUACUUAAAUAUGAUAAAAGAUAAGAAGAAAAUGUUAGUGAUUAUAGAGUAAUGAAAUAUGUCUCUUUGAUUUAAGCACAAGUUCCUUUUAUUGAAAGAAACCUGAAAUGAUAUGAUGGAACAGUAUAUUGUUGUUAACAAUUCAUCAUUAGUGUCGGCCAUUUUUACACCAUCAAUUUGAAUAUAUUUUGUGAUGAAAUUUAAUUUUCACGAAGCUCAACAUUAGCUUUUUUUACUUACCAAUUGAAUGUUAUUGAUGCAUAUAUUUAUUUUUUUUAAUCUGUCCUUUGUUGGGUAUAUUUGCCAAAUGAAUCAACUCUGUUGAUUUGAUGUAUUAUUUUAUAGAUUGAAAGUCUGAAUUUUUGUGUUCACAGAAUUGUUUCAACAUUGUGUAUGAAGUUGUAGAUAAAGAUGUAUAUUUUGUUUUUCAUUUUGUGUAUUUUGCUUCAGAAAAGAUUUUAUUUUUUACAUUUUGAAAGAGGAGUUCUUGUGACUGUCUAAGAAAGAUGUGCUGUAUACUCUUUCAUUUAUGUCUCCUAACAGAAAUAAAAAUGGAACAAAAGUGAAUAUGAGAAAUUCUUUCAAAUUUUUUCCAUAAGUUCCGACUAUAAUUUGUGUUACUAGUAAAUUCUGAAUUUUUAUAAUGGGCUUGUAUUUGGAACUUUCCAUUAUUUUUAAAAAGGAUUUUAAUCUUAAAAUACUAGAGUUAAUGAGUUAAGACAACAAAACUGUCCGGCAAGACCAUUCAGACUAACAUGUGUCCUGGUAUCAAUUCAUUAACACAACUCUUUCAAGUCUAUGCAUUAACCACAUUUCGUUUGAGACAUCAAAUAUAGAAAGAAUACUAAUGUAUUAAAAUAUGAUGUUAUAACAUUUUGUAAUAUUCUUUUGUUGUUAUCAACAAAAGUAUUGCAUGGGUGCAUGUAUAUAAGUGUUCAUUUUUUCUGAAUAUUUACUUUUGAAGUAAAAUGUUUGUGAUUUAUAUAUAAUUUAAUAUAAAGAAUGUCCCAGAUUUAUUUACAUUGAUGCUGUUUGAAUUUUGUUCACUGUUUUUACAGUCAACAGUAUUUAUGUUAGUAUACUACAUUCCGUCCACAGGUAUACACUAGAUAUGUUUGUUGCUUGUUUCCCUUUUAAAGAUAACAACAUGUAUAUACUAUAUAUUUAUAUGUAUACAUAUUUUUACAUCGAUUAUCUCAAAAAUAAUUUCCAUCCAUUAUACAUUGCCUAUUUGUUUGUGAUAACAGGUUGUUUUUGUAGUAUUGAUUUACUAUUUACAUUAAGUAUUAUUUUGCUUUAUGUUUGGAGCAAGUUGCAUCAUAACUUUAACCUGGUAACUUUAUGGCAUAUUUGUCAUGUAUUUCAGCUAGAAUCUAUGAAUAUAUAGCUAGAAUCUAUAGCAUUCCAACUUGAUAGAAUAGUUCCAGUUGGUCUUCAAAAAGAAAUUGUAUUGCAGUUGUAAGUAAUUUAAAUAGUACAUGAAGUAAAUUGAGAUAUUGAAUUGUCAAAUUCUUAGUUGCCUGAAUUUCUUUAAUUGACAUUACCUUCUGCAUUUUAUUGAAAUUAAGCAGUCAUCAGUGCAGAGCCUUUGGUCAAACGUCACAGAUAUGCAUACAGCGGCAUAUGUUUUGUGUCAUAGGCAAAUUAGCAAAGUUGGACAAAAAAAAAACUAUCAACAGCAAAUAACUGACAAAUAUUAAUGUUGUAAGAAUACACACUCUAUACUGGAGGUAAAGUUUUCUGCUAGCACUCAGAGUUCAAAUGACAAACCUCUCACUGAGAAGAUAAAUAAAUUUCAUGAGUGUGUUGUUAGUGUUAAAUAUAAAAUGUUUCUGUUUGAAGUUAGAUAUAUUCAGUAUUAUUGGGGUAAAACAAAACAAUUAUUUUUACAGUGGUGAAAUUUGUUGUUUCACACCGAUCUCAAACUCAAUAUUGUUGUUAUAUGUUAUUACAUUCAUAAAGUUGAGUUUUUCUCUUAGUAUACCUGUACAAUAUAGCCUAUCUGAAUACUGGAACUUAUUUUUGAAAUGAAUACUGAAACUAAUGUUUCAACUUUUAAUGAAAUUCUCAGAAAAUUGUAACAUAAUUCUCCUUUUUAUACUCGACAUACUGUGUCUUGCUGUUAACAUGUUCUCAACCUGUUAAUUUAUAUUUAUCUAUCUGGCUUUUGUUGCAGUUGUCACUGUUAUGUGUGUUCACAUUAUUAUCUGUUACUGUGAUAUAUGAUAUAGCAUUUUAUGACACAAGGUUCUUUCUUCUGUAUAGUGGAGAAGAAAAAUUUAUCUCCUGAAAUUCAUUGAAAAAAUCUCUUAAACAAUUAAUUUGCUUUCAUUUCUAAGAAAUGUACAAAUUCCAAGAUAAUGUUAAGUACUGGUAGAUUAAUUUCGGGAAUUUUUUUCUGUGGAACAAGUAUUUUGAUUACAACCACUGCUCAUGAAUGACAUUUAUUAAUGCUAAUUAGUUUUGUAAAACAUACAAGUACUUGCAAAAUAUUUUCUCUAAUCAGCCGAGUGUCACAUGAUUACAGAUUGUGGAAUGCAUCUUGCAACUUGUGGUACAGGGAAAUUAAGAACCAAGUGUCACCUGCAGAAAUAUAUGGGUGGGGGUUCAGUUUAUUUUGUAAGCUGAAACCUUACUGUCAUGUUUUAUUUUAAUAAUUUAUUCAAAUUACAGUUU